UUCAAAACUAGAGGCAGCCAGGGAGAUACCAUUGAAAAUGGCGGCGAUGGGGUCCGCCAAAUCCGCCAGCGGAUUAGGACAGAGAGGAAGAACCAGGCCCGCUACCGUACCUUGCAUUCGCACACCUGCACGAGUGCUAACUAUAGAGGAGGUCAGGUGUCCGGUGUGUUUGGAUAUUUUGUUGGAGCCCGUGACUAUGCCAUGUCGGCAUUCUGUAUGUCUGCAUUGUUUCGAGCGGACUGUGGAGUUUAGUUUAUGCUGUCCCCGUUGCCGGUUACGAGUGUCCAGCUGGGCCCGUAAACAGUCCCGUGAGAAAAGCCUGGUGAACACCGAACUCUGGGAUAUGGUUCGGAAGAGUUAUCCGGACAACUGCAAGCGCCGAUUGGAGCAGCGAGCAGGAGAGGCCGUGGGUGAAGAGAUUUUCCGAUCACUGGCGCAAAUUUGUAAGACAGGAGAUCUCCGACAGGACCAUGACAAACAAAAGCUUAAGGUAGGGACAAAUGAAGACAAGGAGGACAAGAGGCGAAAAGCAGCUCUUCAUCGAAAAGAGGAAUCUAAUGCGCCCAAACCCUUCCAAGACCCGUUGUGUGGAGUGCUCUCAGACUCUGAGAACGAGGAGCCUAUCGGGAGGAGGACGAGGCAUGUAUCGGCUUUUGUCCGCAAGACAAGAACCUCUCCAGCCUUUAGCAGAAGUCUCCCAACCAGUUUGGUGAAGAGAAGCAGAAGCUGCACUGACACGGACGAACACAGAGGCAAAAUGAGAGGGCUUCCACACAUCCCCGUGCCAGACAAGGUAAGCAUCGUGCACAGCUUCAAUGCUGGGAUCCUGCUGUCAUCGGAGAACAGCCGUUCCCUGUCGGCGCCCGUUCUCCUCCCAGAGCGUCGACACCACUGGAGGAACGCGCUGGCCAGCUCGACCCCUUUCCCCGCCCCCCCGUCCAAACCCGAGAGGUCCAUCAGCCCCGAGAGCAACGACAGCAUCUCCGAGGAGCUGAACCACUUCAAGCCCAUCGUCUGCUCGCCCUGCACCCCGCCCAAGCGGCUGCCCGACGGCCGUGUGAUGGAGCCCACCAUCGUCAAGUCCACGCCCCGCAACCUGAGCCGCAGCCUGCAGAAGAACACCAGCUACGAGGCCAGCCCCAGCAUCCUGCAGAAGUGGAGGCAGGUGGAGGUGGACCGACAGAACCACAUCAAGGUCACCUCCAAGGGGACCGUCACCAGCCCCAUCGCCAAGGAGCUCAUCGCCAAGGAGAGGCCACGGAAGGACAGGGCUGAUGGGAAGCCGUGCUCCUGCGACCCUCUGAAGGACAGGGCACUUGAGAGCCUGUGCACGUGUGGUAAACAACCAGAAUCUGUUGGAGCAGCGAGGGAGAAAAGUGUUGUUAGCAACAAGCGCAAGCUGAUAUUUGAUGAGUGUGCUGGAGAGGCAGGACUCUCCGGCACUGAGUCGCUGAGCAUCGGCUCUUAUUCAGCAACUCUAUCUAGACUGAAGCCUUCGGGAGCUGAACAUGGACGUGUAAACCAGCCAGAAGGUUGCACCUCUGGCCAGCUCCCUGACAUACAAGGCCUGAGUGGCCCAGACACACCAGGUGAUGUGGAGGAAAAGAAGUCCGUGCUCGACGGACAUGCAGGAUCUGGCCGCUGCAGUCCAAAAGGCUUGGACACGCCGGACCUGCAGAAGGAGUCCAACGUUAGGAACUGUGCCCAGAACAGACCUACCUCAAGGAGGGGCAAGAAACGGAGUCAGAAGACCAAACAUCUGGAGGGAGAUGAAGGUCAGGUGAAGAGGACCAGGACGGAGGAGCCGGUGGACGAGUCGGAGGCCUGCGGCCGAGAGGUGGACUUAUACGUGCAACGACUUCACCAGGAGAGAGAGGACCGAGAGCUUGCGCUCAGGCUUCAGAGACAAUUUGACAAGGAACGUCAAAAAAUGGACAGGCAGAAGACAAGUCCCGACAAGUACCCACUUCGGUCGUGGGCCUCAGCAGACAGCCAAUUGGAGAACAAGCCACGCAGAUCAGGAAGAAUCUCUAAAAAGAAAGAGCACUUUAAUUAUAACUGUUAAUAGUACUUUGCCUUUUUGUAAGCGAACAUCGACUAAUUUGUACGACCUUUUGUUUUCUUUGAUUUGUAGCAUUUUCAUUCCACUCGCGUCAAGCCAGUGCUAAAACGAAUGGACGGUCUAAGAGGGAAUCUAUUUAUUUUUGUUGUUUUUUUUAGAAAGAAGAGCAAUAACAAUAUCUACGAAAUUAAUCUCAUGCCAAUUGAGCUCCAUUCCGCUUAAUGUCUUUCAUAGAAAGUUAAUUUGGUACUAUUAUGCGUUUUGUCCUUAUAGAUACAUAGCAUUGUAUGUGUCCACAUUUGUGAAUGUGAGUAAAUAUAUGAAGGUGAAGGAGUCGAUUUGAGUUUGGAGAACUCAGAUUGGGAUGCAAUGAGGCUGUAAUUUUUCUUGUUUACUGUGUCAUUUAGAAAACAUAAACUCUUGCAAAAUGAAAGAAUCCAUGUAGCCAACUGAAAAUCCAAGGGUUUGUACUGACCUUGAUAUUUCAGUGCUUUUUUAUUUUUUAUUUUAUUACAAAAUAGAAUGUGUGAAAUGUUACAAGUCUCACUGCUAUACUGCGUCAGAUAAGUGUAUUUUAUCUGAAAUGGGACAUGUUGAAGUCAGUGAAAGGUAUUGCAAAUGAGACAUUAUAAGUAGGCUUCCUGAACUAAGAUUUGAACUUUGAUCAUUCUCAAAUAUAAACAUGGCAGUGUGUAAUUGAUGUUGACCAGAGGUUCUGGGCAAACAUUUUCUCGUUUGUUCAGCAGACUUAAUAUUUAAUUAGCAAGUUUAAUGCUUUAAAAGUUUAAUACCACAAAGAAUGAGUUCACAGUGAUUCCUAUGAGGGUCAUGAUGCAAAAUGUUGCUUUUAGAGAUUUGUUUUAGAUCAAUUUCAGGAUUUCAUUUUUUGGCCUCAUGAUUUCUGAAUAUGUUUGACUUUUUUUUUUUAAAGGACUAUUAUAUUCUGUUCAGAUUUAUUUUUUGACAUUUUCCUCAGAACUCUAUUUACAUACUUCAUAUGCCAAAAGAGCUUUAAUCAUGACCGCUAAUUGUAAAUUCCACACCUUUUGUCAGGUGCCGUAUACAUAUUUUGAUAUGCACAGUUGGUUCUAUGUAGUUUUACUGUCAUAGAGUUGCAGAGAAUUUUUGUGCCAAAAUGACCUCUACUUGCAAGUUGUAUGAUCAUUUUUGUUGACCUCCUCUUUAUGAUAAUCAGAAUGCAGAAUGUUUGAGUUGUCACUAGAUAAUGUUUUUUUUCAUGCAGUACUGUAUAGGGACAGAAAGAUGGUUUGUUCCUGUUCUUAUUUCAAACAGAACAUUUAUUGCCUAAUAUAAGAACUUCAUUCGGAUGCAAAGAAGAGAAG